AUGAAUAUUUGCUUGUAUUGUAUCACCCUUCAACUUGACUUUUGGAUAUCUAAUCCACUAUACUUUACUUUACAGGCAGCUGCAACAAACGAUGAAGUUGAUACGUCUAAAUUUAUGACGACACCAGUUACUGAUCUACAAAAAUUACAGGAGACUAAAGAUGACAUGAAAACCAAGAUGGAACUGAUGAUUAUGAAAAUCCAAGCAGAUUUAUGUAAAAGUUUAGAAUCAUUUGAUGAAAAAAAAUUUAUCGUUGAUAAAUGGUUAAGGAAAAAAGGCGGUGGAGGUAUUUCUUGUGUAAUUCAAGAUGGAACUGUAUUUGAGAAAGCUGCUGUUCUUAUAUCCGUUGUUCACGGGAAUUUAUCAGAAGAUGCUAUUAAGAGAAUGAAAAGCAGGCGAGGAGAUAUAAAGGGUAAAUCAUUGCCAUUCUUUGCUGCUGGUAUCAGUAGCGUUAUACAUCCGCGUAGUCCUAUGAUACCAACGUUUCACUUCAACUAUCGCUAUUUUGAAAUUAUCGAUGAUGAUGGUCAAAAGCACUGGUGGUUUGGAGGAGGAUCCGAUUUAACACCUUAUUAUUUAGAUGUAGCUGAUGCUAAACACUUUCACAAGACGUUAAAACGUGCUUGUGAUAUGCAUAACCCGAAAUUUUACCCAGAAUUUAAAAACUGGUGUGAUAAAUAUUUCUAUAUUACACAUCGUCAAGAACAUCGUGGUAUUGGUGGCAUAUUUUUUGAUGAUCUUGAUACAUUAGGAAGUCAAGGAACAUUCGAAUUUGUUAAGAGCUGUGCAGAAGCUGUCAUUCCUUCUUAUGUCCCUAUGGUAAGGAAGCAUGUCAAUGAUGGUUAUGGCUACGCCGAACGUCAUUGGCAACUUUUGCGUCGAGGAAGAUACGUGGAAUUUAAUCUUGUCUAUGAUCGUGGCACAAAAUUUGGCCUAGCAACACCUGAAGCCAGAAUUGAAUCGAUUUUAGCAUCUUUGCCUCUAGCAGCUAAAUGGGAAUAUAUGCAUUCCAUCACUCCAAACUCCAAAGAAGAGGAACUUAUGAAUGUCUUGAAAGAGGUAAAAGAUUGGGCAGCUGAGGAUGACUAA